GUGAUCACAAACAUCACGCGCGCGGGGUGCAAGACACUGGAUGCGGCCUUUGUGCUGCGGCACGAGGACGUGCCGCGAGUGAGGGCCAUCACCCACGCGCUCACGCGUACCUGCAGCAGCACCCCCGCGUGGACUGCAGCAAGGGCCCGCCAUGGGGUACCUCAAGCAGCUCACUGGCUCGGGGCUGCAGAUUGGCGUCAUCGCUUCCAUCAAAGACAUGAGCAAGAGCAAGUUCCUACCAGUGCAGCAGGAGAUACUGGAGAGGAGCGUGGAGAUCAUUCUGGCGGAGGGCGCCCAGCUGGGGGAGAGCGCGCCCUAUGUGCCCUCCGCCCUUUCCAAUGGCAGCGCUGCCUCCUCCUAUGCCGC